AUGGAGACCAAUUACAUCACAGCUUUCAGAAAGAGCGUAGGCGUUCGCCCGAUUGAAAGCGUCACGGAUGAACCACAAACCAAAAGCCAGAACCAACGAACGGAACGCCGUCGCGCAUCCGCAAUUUGCUUGAAGCGGCGACUCGCUGAGUCAUCCCGAGCAGGCGCUCGGUCACAUGACACGGCAACAUCAUUCGAUGCUCACGUUUCUCUCCCACCAACCCCGUCUCCAGUCCUCCGCGAACACCACAUCCACGCACGACCCGCUGCAACCAUGUCCUCGAUCGCUGCUAUGGCUACCCGCCGGGCUCUGGCUCGCCAGCCCAUCUUCCGCGCACCCCCACGCCGCUUCAUGUCCUCCAAGGUCGAGGAGGCCAACCUCGACAAAGCCCCCAAGCGGGACCCGGAGCUCUACGUUCUGCUCGGUGUCAUGUCCGGUGCUUUCUUGCUCGCUGGCUGGUACUUCGGCAGCAAGCCCACCUCCGUCAACUCCGAGAGCAACGUCCGCAUCGGCGAGUCCGCCAUGCCCUGGAACGCCACCUCUGAGGAUGGCAAGAUCUACAAGUACCAGUACCACCCUCACGGCGACAAGAACCAGCCCCUCCGCGCCGCCCCCAGCGCCAUGAACACCGUCAUUGUGCCCAACGUCACCCUCCCCGAGGACCUCCACGAGAAGUUCAACAAGUACGGCAAGGAGGAGUGGGACUACUAA